AUGUGUCUUGAAUUGUUUUUUCUAAUUUUUAAAUGUGAACCUUAUCCUAAUGGGGAAUAUUGGGUUGGAAAUGGUUAUAAACCUGGUUGCAAGAGUGGGUAUUACCGUUGCAGACAUGCAGAUAGUAAUGAUGAAUGUUGUACUGAUACAAAUUGUGGAAGAGCACAUAAAACACCAAUGAAAACGUUUGCUAUAACACCAUUAAUGACACCAUUCACGACACCAGUCACGACACCUCUUUUAACACCAAGAUUAAAAAUUAAAUCUCAAGAAUUGAAAUUUCAAGCUAAAAAGGAGAUGUUAUUACUUAUUUUUGUAUCACAUUCAGUAAAUAACUAA